AUGGCUGGCCUCAAGCGUUCCUUGGAGGAGGAGCUUGCGUGGAAGCCUGCUGCUCAGGAACCCAAGAGGACUCGCUUGCAAAUGCACAUCCCUGAGAAGAUGCAUCCCGUUCGCUCCAGCAAUAUGACCCAUAUGCCUUUCUAUGGUGCGCGCCCAAUCACUCCAGUGGAGUCGCCGCUUGAGAUUGAACCUACAGAUUUGGGGAAUCUAGGUGGAUGUAUGACGCCACAGCCAAACUUGCUCGGCAGGUUUAUGGGACAUAGCGUCUACUCCAGCCCACAUACCCCGUCCUCGACUGCAUGCGAGAAUGGGUCAAAUGCCAUGGUCGAUGGUGAGUAUAACACUGGGAAUAGCAACGCUUCUCAAAUGGCCUUCCCGAGUCCAACCAGCGAUUUCGAAAUGAUGGAAAGUUUCCCGGGCGAGGCCGGCAUGCACUCUUCGCCAACCGACGUGUCCAUGGCACCAGAGUACUCACAUGUAUUGAGCCAUGACACCGGCGUACCAUUGCAGCCAGCCUCAGAGGAUACUCCCAUCUCGCCCACACUCACCCUACCUGCCCAACGAAAAACCCCUCGGGUUGCAAUGGGGUUUCGCAGGAACUGCGAGAAGUGCCAAGCACAUGUCCCAGGGCACUACCUUCACAUCAUCCGAGAUUAG